CCUGCUGGUGGAGCUGUUUCCCCGCCAGCAGUCAGAGCAGCAGCCGGUGAGCAGACAUGCUGAACCGCCAGGACCCAGCCUAGCUUCCCCCUGAGCCUCCGGAGCUGAACUGAGUUAUGACCGGGGACGCUUCUGAAACCGAAGCCGUCUUUGACAACUGAGAGGCGGACAUUUAGAGAACGCACAACAGCAGCUGGAAGAAAAACGGUCCAGUCGGUUCCAUUCAGUCCGCCGGUGUGACAGACUGCGUGUGGGAAUGGCAGCCCUUCGGCCGAUAAAAGGCAUCCUGAAAAACAAGAACAGCGUCACAGGCGUCAAGUCUCUGCCCGACGAGUUGCCGCCGGAGGAUCCCGAACAAGCCCCGGGACUCUCGGAGGACGACCCGCAGAAGAAAUCGCAGAAAUGGGAUGAGAUGAACAUCCUGGCCACGUACCAUCCAGCCGACAAAGACUACGGCCUGAUGAAGAUAGACGAACCCAGCACACCUUACAACAGGAUGGUGGGGGAAGACGAUGAUGAGGGCGCACUGAGUGACUCGGACAGCCACGCUGGACUUGCAGCCGAUGACCUGGCAUCAAAGCUUGUUGCAGCAGAGGGUUCAGACCCUCGCUUCAUGAACAAAGAGGAAGAGGAAGAGAGCAGUGAGGAGGAGGAAGAGGAGCUGACUCCUGAAGAACAAGCCAAAAAGAACAAUUUUCAGAUGAUGAGGAAGAUGCACUACAAUGAGGGCCUAAACAUCAAGCUGGCCAGACAGCUCAUCGCCAGCGAACUAGAAGAGGACGAGGAUGCAGACGAGGAGAUGAGGGACGACACAGAAGAGGCGAGGGAGGAGGAGGAGAUCAGUGUCGACCCGCCACAGGAAGCUGAUUCUCUGGACUCGUAGACAAGGCCUCUCUCCCACCUUUACCCCGUGUGUGUGUGUGUGUGUGUGUGUCAGCUCUAGAUCCAGACAGACGAUGCUACUGCGCUCUGUGUUCUCAGCGCUGUGCCACAGAGCACACAGCGCUUCAGCACCCAUACAAUGCCUCUCAACAGCCAAUAACCUCACGGUCACCUGUCUGUCUCUACUAUUCCAUAGAACUGUGCAAUUUGACCUUCAAGCACACAGUUUUUUUUUUUACCUUCCAGAAUCAAUACAAACACGCAAGUGAAGACUGUUGGCCCCGUCUCCUCUCUCUCCUGUUGCCAAGAAUUUUUUCCGGCCACCUCGUCUGGACUGAGGAAUAUGUGAUUCUGACCUUGACAGGAGGUUGAAGGCCUUUUCAAAAAAAAGAAGGAAAGAAAAAUAAACAGUCUGAAAACCAGAACUGUCCUCUGGCCACUUCAGUCCCUCUGCAGGCUGCGGAGCCACUAUGCCAGCCUUGGAGCUCGCUAGGGGAAAUCCCACAGCCUCACGGAAGACAUUUCUGAGACAUGACGAAAGCGCAUGUGCCUGGUGCGCUCUUAUUUUUGUUUUGCUGUGUGACCCGCCACUCUGCUGCAGUUUUCCACCUUCAGUUCUUCUCAUGAUAAAAGUUGGACAAAAUUAAGAUCAGUUUAGUUGUUUGUCUUUCUCUUUAUUUUUCACCCCUGUUCACAUCCUGAUAUAUGGUGAGAAUGCUGUGCCAUCAGAAUAGGAUUAUUUCACUUUACAUGACAUAAUGGUGUUAUGAUGACACAAUAAUUUAGCAUCUGUAUAUUAGUUUCUCAGUAAAUGACAACUUAGCCUACACAAUCUGAAUUUCAUAAAACAUACACUGUUAACUGAUAUGUAUGUUAGUGUCUGUGCUUCUCACAGUAAAAAGGCUUUUCCCCCAAGAUCAAGUUAAAACAACUCAGAUUUAAAUACUACAUUCAUUGGCACUUUGCCUCAGUGCUAUUUAUUUACAAACGAGAGCAUCACACCAAACCUCAUUUCAAAUUCUGGCAAUUUUACAAACAUGCACACCUCAUAGGACCAGAUCCAAGGCCGUUUUACUCAAUUGAAUCCACUUGUUUAAAUUUUCAUUUCAUUCUUUUUCUCCUGUCCAUGAGUAAUUUUGUGAAAGAUGAUUGCAGGACAUGUUGGUAAAAUAAAGGUUUUUCCUGGUAGAGAUGUCAGCACUGAAGGCAUUUUAAGUUCAUAGGAGGGGACCGUAGUGAAGUCCCUCACUUGAGGUGUAACACAUGCUACUGAUAAACUGGACAGUGUCCUGUAGGGAAUGGCUUCUGUCUUUUAACAAGUUACAGCUUUAAAAACCAGGCUCUUGUGUAGAUCUGACAUAGAACAAACCAGUGCUCACUGUUCCCUUGCUUGGAAAAGUUGUGCGUUUUCAUCUUGUGAGCUUCAUUUUACAGGAUCUGUGAGUAAGUUAUUGUGAGACAGGGACAAUAUAAUAGUUUGGGUUUAGUUUCUCACCUGUCUUAUAUGACAUGAUGCUUAAUUUAAUGGCCGAUCUACUUGUUAGUGUCUGGAAUGUCAAAGAAAGAGUUUCUUUAUUGAUGCUACUGAUUUUAAUUAAAGAGGAUUUAGUGGUGUAGUUAAACCACUAGAGGGGGUGUUUCAAGGAUUUUUUUUUUUAUGUUUAAGGUUCUUACAAGUGUCAAGAAAGUUGCUGUCAAGUCUUAAAAUAACAAAACAAUUUAUUGUGGUUCAAACCUAAACUUUGCAUUUAAAAUAAUUGUCAACUAAGUUUGUGGAGAAUUAUCCACAAUUCACACCAUAUGACUUCACGCCCAGAGACAAACGUGUGACAUGAAAUGUAUCGGAGUGCAUCUUGUGUUGUGAUUUCUAAAAUUUUCCUCUGACCCUUUAAUUCUUCACUGUGAGCGGAAGUGUUAAGAUUUUUUAGAUCAUACAAAUACAACAAACAGUAAGACAACUGCAAAUGUCCAUUGGCAGUAUUUUUCUUUCUUGUAUAGUAUUUGGUGGCUUUUGUAUUUUUUAUCACCAUGAUUGAGGUGAAAGAAAAUACUUUUAUUUACUUUAUUUCCACCGACCAACAAGAACCCUCGACUCUAGUUAGCGGACAAAACAUCCACGAUGACACGAUUGUUGUAGAAAAACAGGAAUAUGAUGUUGAAUAACAUAUCGACAUCGUUGUUGUUGUCUUCGUAAACGGAAAGAAAGGAAAAUUGAGGAGAGGCUGAGGUGAUAGUUUUAUCUUCUCUUUUGAGACAAAAAGGACAAGACUGUCUGAAACAUGACUGAUGUGAUCACCGCCGUAGGUGGUUAUAACCUGUCAAAUGUGCCUCUUAUGCAUUUAUGUACAUGUGUGUAAAAUGAACGGCUAUGCUCAUGUUACUGUUUUCUGUCCAGUCUCACGCUUUGUUUUUUGCACCGUUUUCUCCUUGUUCGGUUUGUUUUCCAAGAACGAUAGACUGUUAAGCAGUCCCAUUAUUGCACUGUCUGUCCCAAGAUGUGGAUAUUUAAUCCAGGUUUUUGUUUGCAUUUCCCGUCUGCAUGUUCUUAAUCAUCAGAUCGUGUGUAUUCUGUUUCUGUUUCGUCUAUUAUUAAACAGAUGUUGUUAGGAA